AUGGCCUCCUCCCUCCCCUCUCCACCCUUCAUCCCCGUCGAAGGCAUCUCCAACUUCCGCGACAUCGGCGACACCACCCACGUCCGCCGCGGCCUCGUCUACCGCUCCGCCGACCCCUCCAAAGCCACGCCCGCCGGCCUGAAAAAGAUGAGCGAGGGAUUAGGAAUCAAAGUGAUUUUUGAUCUGAGAUCCACCCCGGAGAUCCAGAGGGAUGGGCCCGAAUGGGCGGGCGUGGAGGUCGAUAAGGAGGAUCCUUAUGUCGAGUAUGGGAUUACGAGGAAGUGGGUUCCUGUUUUUGCUGCGAGUGAUUAUGGGCCGGAGCAGGUGGGGUUGAGGUACCAGCAUUACACCAAGACAGGCAGUGAAGGGUUCGUCAAAGCAUACAACGAUAUCCUCCUCGCGGCUCCCUCGGCGUACACGGCGAUUCUCAAGCACCUCGCGCAACCGAACCCCACGCCCUGCUUGAUCCACUGCACAGCGGGCAAAGACCGCACGGGGGUGCUCGUCGCCUUGCUCUUCCUCCUCGCCGGGGUGGACACGGAAGCCAUCGCGGACGAGUACAGCCUGACGGAUCUGGGGCUCGAACAUCUCAAACCGCUGUUCAUCGAGCGGUUGUUGAAGAAUCCGGCGUUGGAGGGGAAUGAGGACGGGGUGAGGAAUAUGGUUAGUAGUAAGCGGGAGAAUAUGGUGGCGACGGUGGAGAUGAUUGAGGGGGAGUUUGGUGGGGCGGAGGGGUAUUUGAGGAAGCAGUGUGGGUUGAGCGGCGAGGUGGUUGAGGCGUUGAGGAGGAAUUUGAAGGGGGAGAAGUGA